GACGCAGUGAGUGGCUGGCCGCUGGGCGAGUAGGAUGCUGGCAUUACUGCUCCUGUUAUUGUGGAGUGCCGCUGGUACACGACUGGGGCCGGAGCGAGGAGGAACUGGUCUUGGCUUGGUUACGGCAGACGCCCGGUCGGUGAGCACAGGAACACUCAAUGCCUUCGUACGGGCGCUACAGCUCUCAGAGACGCCCACCACUGAGGCCACCACCACCAAGCCUCCCACCAGGUUCAGAUUCCAGACGCCAAAACCAACCAAUGGAAGAACCUCCUCCCGCAUCACCUACAUUCCUCAGGAUCGUGCGGAUCGCGUUAAUCGACCGCUGUUACCCUUCCCAGGAGCAGCUUUCUCCUUCCCAGCGACUACCACCGCUUCUACUCCCUGGACCAAGACCAGUCCUGUUCUAAACACUAAGUACACUACACCCUCACCCACCAGACCAAAGGCCGAUGACAACGCAUUCUCCGACGACAAAUUACUCGAGGAUUAUUAUUACUACGAUGAUUAUUACUACGAUUACUACGGAGAUAACAAUGGUACCGGUGAAGGGGGUGGUAUUGGUAACUUGGGGCCUCUAGAUCCACCAUCUCCACCCGAGCCCACACGGUUCAGCUUACAUACCACCACUGCUAAGCCCUUCAGGUUCUCUUCUUCGUCAGACACAGACACCAGAUCCGCCAGAAGACCCGCCGUCGCAGAGAGACCGAGCAGACCGAGCCAACCGAGCCAACCGAGUGAACCAAUUCAACCUGACGAUGGAAACAAUUCUGGUGGUCGAUUUUCCUUGUCUGAGCUGAUUGCCAAGCUAAAGGUGGAAACAAAGGGUGAUCCUGCUCCUCCCAUCACAAACAACCUCUCCAACACCAGCACCAACAGCCGUGACUCUCGUCUUUUAACUCACAGUCCAGAAAUAUCAUUCUCUAAUUUUAAUGAGCAAAAAGAACCCAAGAGAAAUAUUGAAGUCCGUGUUACAAACUCUACUGAGAGUUCUGUGGUGGUGGCCUCAGUGCAGACAUCUCAUAGCGUGAGAGUUGGGGACAGCUCUGCCACUACCACUAAUCCACCUCUUCCACCCAUAAGCUUCUUUAUAACCACGACUCCACCUCCAGAGACGACCGAGCCGGCCCCGGUGACCACCACUCGGCGAUCUCUGUCCGACAUAUAUGAAACUGUAAAUGAGGCUCCAGUUGUCACCUCUGGUCCAUCACCCACACCAGAGCCAAGUGACUUCACCCCCAAUGAUAGAAGCACUACAGAGAAAAUCAUCCGCCACUCUGAACAACCACUACCACCGCGUAUUGAGACUCUCUUUGAUAUUGAAAUUAAUACCAAAAACCAAACUGUGACAGCAACUGAUGCCAAACUAAAUGUGGGUCACGUGGAGGAUAUAUCACCCCUUCUGCCACCUGGUUACAAAACAGAAGAGGAUCCUGUUGUAGAUACGAGCGCUACUUCCACAACCCCUGUGUUGGCUACGACACCAGCUCCUGGUUCUACAGCACUCGAUGUAGGGAGUUUGUUUGAAUCUUCUUUAAUUGAAGAUUCAUCAGAUUUCCUUCCCCCAGGCUACACCCCAACACAAGGGGAACCUCCCUCCACUACCACACAGACCUCCACUACCACACCAACCUCCACUACCACACCAACCUCCACUACCACACCAACCUCCACUACCACACAGACCUCCACUACCACACAGACCUCCACUACUACCUCAGAUACAAAUUUGUUUGAUCUGUUCUCUGCUCUCCAAACCACGACUGAGCAAACAACUACACAAGCUCCAAAGGCUGAUGUGCCCAGCAAUAUUGAAAUGGUAGAUCUGUCUUCAUUCCUUCCUCCUGGCUUCAAGUUGUUAGAGGAGCCCCUAACUGACAGUACAACUAAAAAACUACCAGUAGUAUCAAAGGUAGACAUUUCUGCCUUCUUACCUCCUGACAACAAGCCUUCAGAAGAACUACCAGUAGUGAGCUCACCAAAAACAGUUCCUGAGGUGAAGACUGUGGACCCGGCUUCAUUAUUGCCUCCGGGUUAUAAACUAAAUGAAGAAACUUCACAGAAAGCUCCUAUUAUACAAACAGUUGAUUUGUCCCAGUUCUUGCCUCCGGAUUAUAAACUUGAAGAACAGCCCACAGAGAAAAGCACUACACAGAAGAGUCCAAUUAUUGAAACAGUUGACGUAUCCAAAUUUUUACCUCCGGGAUUUAAACCACCCGAGGAAACUUCACAAAAAGCUCCUAUUAUACAAACAGUUGACGUAUCCAAAUUUUUACCUCCGGGAUUUAAACCACCCGAGGAAACUUCACAAAAAGCUCCUAUUAUACAAACAGUUGACGUAUCCAAAUUUUUACCUCCGGGAUUUAAACCACCCGAGGAAACUUCACAAAAAGCUCCUAUUAUACAAACAGUUGACAUAUCCAAAUUUUUACCUCCGGGAUUUAAACUCGAGGAAGAACCAACAGAGAAGGUCACUGCACAAAAGAGUCCAGUAAUUGAGCCAGUUGACAUAUCCAAAUUCUUGCCUCCAGGCUACAAACUUCCCUCUGAGAGUGAGUCAACGAGCAAGCCGACCACUACAGAAGCGCCCACCACAACGAAAAAGACUGCUUCCCGAGGUUUGGUGUUCCCUCGCCGUCCAAUUGCAUCAUACGCCACAACACAGAGGCCAGUGGCAAGAACACCCUCUGGCCCUCCACCACUCAAGGUCACCUUCAGGAACAUAUGGGAUAGCAUGAAAACAACGACAGAAUUCACCGGCUGGAAGACCACGACACGAGCCACGCCGGCCGGCUUUGUCCCCAAGGCUCCUAAAGACGAUGCUACUACAACGACCAGCACCACCACCACAACGACCACCACGACUACAACCACUACGACAACCACUCCCAGAAUCACAACUCCCGGUGUUUGUGGAGCCAAGUGUCGUCUGGCUGCCACGCUGAGGAUCGUCAAGGGAACAGAGUGGCGUCCCGAGCUGGCCAACAGAGACACACUCGAGUGGCAGGAACUUGCUAACACAGUGGAAAUUGAGCUGGAUUCUCUGUACCGGCGAAGUGAACUGGCGCCCUGGUAUGAGAGGGUUGAGAUCGACGCCUUCAACCCCGGCUCGGUUCUGGUCGACUACAUCCUGCACCUGAUAGACAUAGAGACGACCCUCGACACCAUGGACCUCAAGGAGAUCCUCAACCAGGAGGCGGCUGACAACGAAUCUUUCUUCCUUGGAAACUACACACUGGACCCUAAAGGCACAGAUUUUCUAGUUUUACGCGAAAGAGCUCAGAUCGUAAAUGAAGAACAGGACGACUAUCUCAUCCCUCAAUGGCUCAUAGCUGUUAUUGUCAUCGGCCUGGCGUCACUCCUCUUCAUCCUCAUCUUCGGGAUUACCGUCUAUGUCAACCGUACCUGUUGCAACGUUAUCAAGCCGAACAACGUGCCACUGACCGAGGAGAUGCUCAACGACUCUACUCUGGUGAACCGAGCUCGUGUUAAGAAGCGCCACGAUGUUCCUCUCACCGCCGAGAUGCUCAAUGAACUGAAUAAGGCGCAUCUGGCUGGAGUUGACAACUACGCCAUGGACGGCCUCUAUGACAUGGACGCCAUAUGGAAUGAGAAAGUCAACGACAGAAGAGCAAUGAAGCCACCAUCAAGCAAAGGAAAAGGAUACAACCCCAACUACAACAUCAACAUUUACGACUCGUGGCGCACCGACUGGUCUGGCCCCUAUGGUUCCUCCGCCACUUACGCCAAACGCCGCCCAGACACGAACUUCUGACAUGAGGAUUCUCAAGAGGAAGACAUCGAGGACUUCUAGACAGGGUGAGGAUCUUCUGAGGUCCUGAGGAAGCACACACACACAUACACUUUCAUCUGAGUAUUGGUGUUGCACUAAUAUUUAACUCUCAGUCUGUUUGUGGUAAUGAUCAUAGAUGUUUGUUACUUGCUCUUUAGGCAGUGAAGGUUAACACGUCUGCCUCUAUACUGUACCAGAGAGCGACUGAUAGAUGUCUAGUUAUAGCCCCUCAGGACCCAGAUAAUGGUCAGCAUCAGACAUCCACUACCUACUGUGUGAUGUUGACUGACCUGACCCCCCCAGUAGGACUAACACACAUCCUCGGUGCCUCCACAUUCAGGAAACAUUUUUUAUACAGCUGUUAAGUUUAAUAAAGUCUAUAACUUUUGAUGACUUGUGGAGAGGGGAUGUGAGUCCUACUGAGUCUAGUGGACCUUGAUGGAUCGUGUUCACUGCCCUGAAUACUGUGUGACUUAUCCUUCUGAUCUGGCAACUGUUAUCUACAUCUUACUCAUCAAAGUCCAGUUACAAACAAAUUUAAUCCUAAACUGUACUAAAAACUUUAAACUAUCCCAGCUUUAAUUUGCCAACAAUAGUUUUACUUAAUACUUGGUUCUUACUUCUCAACACAGUGCUGUACCGAAUCCAUCAACACAGUACUGCCACCUGUCGUCCCUCUCACCACGUGAAACUCUCAGCGAACACGAUCUUGACUCCUUUUGAGAACUGACUGUCUUGUGCCUACACUGCUGAAGGUGUGGCAUAGCAUCACCACCUUUGUACAGUAGAAGAAACUUUUAACAUAAGUUUCCUCAGAUAAAGAUCCAUAUCUGCAUUUGUGAGGAAAACUUUAUACUAUUGUAAGUAAAAUAAGUAAUAGACACUAGAAUACUUAUAAUGAAUGUAUAUUAUUGAUCGACUCCUAAUGUUUUAUGCUGUGUAAUUCUUUUGAGACUUUGUACUCUAUAAGGAUCUGACCAUUAGGUUUAUAUACAAGUGUCUGAAGCUGUUAUAUGGCAAGCAAAGGUUAUUUACAACGUACAUAGAAACAGAGAAUAUUUUAAGAUAAUUAAGAAAUAGGAUACACUCAGGUUGCCUUAAAACAAACCUGAAAUGUUAAUACAUUACUGUACUCUACUGUGACAUGGCUGGCCCAGGAGUCAGGAACCUUCACUUAACGAGAUAAGACAAAAAUGUUGUUCAACUGUGAUACACUAUUAAAGUAAGGUCAUUGUAUUUUGUCUAAUCAUUUGACUCUUUUUAAUACGAAAAAUAAUAAUAAUAUUCUACUGACACUGGGCACACAAGCUGUUUAAGUUACAUUAAAGUCUAUUUUAAAUGUUUAUAAUUUUGAGACAGAAGAAUCACUUGUUACCAUGUGUGUUGCGGAAGACUUGAAGUGAGUGCAGCACGGUGCCAUUAUCAAGGGUAGAAUGUUUCAAACGAGGGGUCACAGAAGCUCAAUCUUAACAGACCUGCAAUAAAAUUUGGUGAAACACUAACACGUCACGUCUUUGUUGUAAAACUGCAAAACAGGUGCAUUGUUUAUGUUGAUACAUUCCACUGAAUAUAGGACUUAUAUUGUAUUAAGUUCAUUAUAUUAGUACAGUAUAUACAUUAAACUGUCUACCAGGAUGACAGAACUAGAUUUUGGUAUAUCUUAGAAUUAGUCAACAAUUGUGCAUAGAUUACUAAUAAUAUUUAUAACUGUAAAUUUUUAUUUUUAGUGGCAUUCACUAUUAAUGUCCUGAAUGUAUGAGUAAAUGUGACUAAAUGUCUGAAAAGGAAUAUUAGUUCCCCAUUAUUGACUAAACAGUGACAGCAGGCAUAAGAGUGUGGCCUAGUCCUCUGAGGCAACACAGUGGGCCACCUCUCACUGCUCUUAUGUUCAAUAUUAUGUCUCUCUAGUAUGUGAUAUACAUGGGCUCACACUGUACAGUUCAUCACAGUUUUUAAAGCUGUUUCUUUAAUGCUACUAAGAUAUGACAUUUCAUUAUAACUUCCAGUAUAUGUGAGAAUAUGGCAAUACUGUAUCCUCAACACAUUUUAACCAGUUGAGCCGUCAUUUGUGGCUCUGUUACACACUGUUGGCAAGUACUGGGCACGUACUGGCUUCUGGAAGUACUUGAACUAAACCUGCAUCAGUGUUGGUCAAGUAUGGUUUGGAAUGAGCUCACACUCAGUGAUUAUCAAUAAAUUUUGGCUCAAUGAGGGUAAAAGAUUAUAUUGCAAACAUCAUUAGGUAUGUAAACUGGUCCUAAAAUAAAAUUUAAAUCUGUCAUAAUUAUGUGUUUGCUAUAGUAUUAUAUUACUCAAUGUUUGUUCAAAUUUUUGUAUCUUAACGAUGUAUCGGUAAAGAAGUAAACAAACUGUAUUUCGGACUCGGAUGCUGAAACGAGUGUUUAUUUUCAUCAGCGGUCAAACAUUACUUGAUAAUUUGUGUGAAGUUUUGUGUGUGGUUUUUUUAUGAUUAAGAAUGAACCAAUGAAAACUUUCUGAAUGUGUUGUCUAGUCUGAGUGGCUGAAUGAAUGUAUGGUUGAAUCGUGUCAGUCUUAUGGACAUCGUGUGUUGUCUUGUCUGAUGAUAACCACAUGAAAAUACUCCUUCCACCUAACAGAAUCACAUCUUAGGAUUUAAUCUAUAAGUAAUCUGACCUUCGGUAUCACCAAUGUAAUAUACCUUGGCUAUGUACACCCUAUGUAGACUCUCAUCCACCAAGUCUGUGUAAGGCUUCACACCUUCGUUAUUAGAGAACCAGUUUUACAGAGCAUACUUAGUUAUAUAAGGUAUACUGUACUUACUUAUACAAAGAAUAUACUAUAAUUUCAUAUAUAUACAUAUACGUAUAUAUAUACCUGUACUGUAUAUGCUAUUUUCCUUAUACUUCAUAAUGCGUGAACUACAGAAUACUUCAAGCAUUAUUUUCUGUAAUCCAAGUGAAUGUUUAAUACAAUGAACCAAAGCAAGUAACCCAGCAGGCAUUUGACAUUGUUUCAUGUGGAAUAAAAGUUGAAUAGCGUUGGCAUCAUUUCAACAUAGUCAACGUUGCAAUGAUCAAGUGUCAGCCAGGAUAAUGAUUAGCUUAUGUGAAAGAUUUGUUCUCAUUUAUGCUUUCUGUUGUUAGCAGGAGAGAGUAACAAGUCUAUAUAUAUAUAUUGUGUGAUGAUCACCCCAAAGGUUCAGCUUCUCUGUCCUGCCUGGUGUUACAUGGUAGCCCCCUGCAGGACCAAUAAUUUCUGUACAUUUGUAAUAUAGCUGGUUUAUACAUUCUGCACUACCCAUCUGACGGUGGGUAGUACCAAAGGGGCCAAGGUUUCGUAAUAAAACACCUAGUACCAAU